CCUACCGGAUUCAGUCUGCCAGUCUCAUUUGACCAGUGCAUCGAUUCGGGUGUGUUCUUCCGCGCGCGCGAGUUUCCUCGGUCCGUUCCGGUCGGUUGACUUCCUUCCCACAAACCCUUCCCGCCGCUGUAUCAGUGAGUCAAGGCUUCCAAGCUUUAAAAGUAAACUCACCACAUUUUCUACUCACCGGGGGCGUAGUUCCUAGCUGAAGCACCAAGAUGUCGCACUCAGUCGUCAUAACACGGACAACAACCACUACCACAGGCACCUCGCAUCUCAUUCUCAACACAGGCUAUUUGAAAACUACGGCCGGUCUACUAAAGCUUGCUCAGCUGAUCAUUGGCGCCGUCAACGUCGGGAUCGUAGCAUGGCACCUGCGACGGUACCACUCCGUCUAUGCCAGCGGUAAUCCGGAACUGUUCUUCCUGCUGAUGGCCGUGGCCUUCCUCAUUGGCACAUUCUGCCUGCUGGCGUCGUGCCUCGUAUCGUUGAGCACCGGGGGAAUUAUUUCGAAAACCAUUUACGAGCUGAUCUACCAUGCGAUUGCCUUCAUCUUGAUACUGACGUCGUCCAUCAUUCUACUAUCUGAUGUCACCAACGGACGAUAUUAUUCAACGCUCAAGGAUGCUUACAUGAUUGCUUCCAUAUUGGGAAUAAUCAAUGCAGCUCUUUAUCUCUUCAGCACUAUAUUGGCUCAGCGGUAUUAUCGAGGAAUCUAAGUGCUUAAACAGUCAUCACCAUCUAUUUAACUCCAAUGCAUUACUUGAAACCAUUAAUUAAACUCGAAAUAUACCCAAUCUUGAAGAUAUGAAAUACCCAAAUUUUGAAAACCAUAUAAAUGUCGCCUGGUGCCUAGAAUUAUGUGAACAUAAAUGUGCCUAGAAUUUUUUAAAGCUUUUAUGAUUGGAAUAUAUACUCUAUACAACGUUCAUACGAAUCUUAAAAAAACACACAAGGUAUGAUUUGAAAUAAUUAGUGAAUAAGUGUACUGCCAAGGAAAUUUUCGAUUUUUAUUCUCAUCUCAAAUGGAUCAUUAAAACAAGUAGGAACUGCAGCAAAAACAAGUCAUGCGAUGUACUGUACGAUUAAGGAGAUUACUUUGUACUUCAUAACUAUUAUAAGAUAAAUAAAUAUUCUAAUAAAUAUAAGAUAA